AUGUCUUCUUACCUAGCAAAGACUGACACCUUCGAAGUACCACAUACCGCAGACUCGACGUCCACGAUGCAAAAUGUCGCCAGUGCUUUCGAGCCCACCAACGUUCCAAAACGACCUCUGACGCCGAGCUCAUCUUUUGCAAUUUCUUCUCCGUUGAAGCGGUUGGCUGUCGAUGCCUGCGUGGGACCGAACAUCUUCGAUCAUGAGGGCCUGCCUCAGAUGUCAUUCGAGCCCGGCUUUCCAGCGAAUCUUGUCGCAACUUCAAGGCAGCAGUACCCUCCCGUAGACCUCCCGCAGUCUCCACAGAUCCCGACAAGCCCAGAUGAUGACAUUGUCGAGAUACCCGAGACACCGCCGAUCUUGUCGUUGCAAACAACCACGCAUGUUUUUGUGGCAGAGCCCGAUCUGUCAGAUUUUUGGAUGGAUUAUGUAGAUCUGGACAGCGUUGGAGGCGAAGGUUUUGUCCCGAUGGAGAAACUACCUGGUGAAUACCACGAUGCCGUAUCUGAGACCUUGUCUAAUGUAGAUGAAGAUUCCGGUAAGCCAUUUCCUGAGCUCAACGUCGAUCGCCUUGCCCAAUCGUCGUCAAAGAGUGAAGAAACUGUCGAAGAUGACUAUGGUCUCGAAGGCUUUGACGAAGAAGAGAUGAUUCAGCUUCUAGAAGAUACUGGGGACGAGCCUCCUGGUUUCCCUCCGCCAAGCGUCAUACGGAAGAUGGACUGCGAUUCGAGAUCAGCUUCAAGCUUCGACUCCAAAUUGCAGUUCUCCGAGCCUGAUAUGAACACUAUCGAAGCUUUAAAGACUGGUCUGACUGAACCUGAUCUUCUUGAUGAUGAUGUCGACUGGGAGCUUGUGACAAAAUGCGCAGCAACUGCGGCUGGCGCUUCUCCGGAUCAUGAGGCUGAAAUGAGCAUUAGAGGCACCAAGGAAUCACUGAAAGAGCAUUCGAGCCCGGCACCCUUAGUCAGACCCCCUUUCCCCGACAAAAUGAGAGACCGCUCCGUGGUCGUUGGACUCUCUUCGACGAUCAUGAUGCGCACUUGUUUCAGAGUUGGAGAGCUCAAUACGCAAGCUAAAUGUAGCCGGGAGAAGCAGGACGUUAUCUUUGAGCUUUUCGCGCGGGUCGUCUACUCCAACCGGGAGAACGUUGCCAGAGUACAACAUGUGCAGCUGCGAGAUCUUUUUACCGAUCGGCAGCCAUUUCUCAGCGGCGUAUUCAGGGGCUGGAAGAGCGGUGGGCCUGUGGAUGAUCAGAGCAAGGUAUUAUUAGGGCCCGAAGGAAAGAACAAGUUGUGUCGAUGUCUUUGCAAGGUAUUAGAAGACAAGAAGGCUGCAAUUGGUCGCUCAGCAACGCUCUUGUCGAUCAGGGAGACAACUUGGGAUGAGGUUCAGUGGGCUAUGAGAAUUGUUACAAGGGAUGCAACCUCAGACGAGAACAUCGAUAUCGAGGGAAAGAAGUCCUCUGUCAUAUGA